AUGAAGAAGAGAGAGAGAGAGAGCGUGAAACACUGGUAUUCGUUUUUGUUUACGUGCCUGUUGUAAAAGUAAAUCUCCGUCACUCUCUCUCUUAAUUCUCUCUCCAUUUACUCUCCCUUUCUCUCUCCUCCAUUACCCAUAUCUGCAACUUUUCUCAGCUGGGUUUCCAUCAAUAUCCAUUCUUCUGUCUGGGCCGCCAGAAGAAUUUCCAUUUUUUCGAGCUUCUUGAUCCACCCCACCUGAUCUGCAGGUGGUGUUCUUGAUGCAAGUUCUUAAACCCAGUCUUUUAAGGUUGGGCAAAUUUUCAUUUCAACAUGUCAAAAUAGUCUUCUAAGCAAGCUCUUCACAAGAACAGAGAAUGCCGGUGUCAGGGGUUUCAUUUUAUAGUUCUACGACGUAGUAAAAAACUGUAAAAAUGGCACGGGGUAGGAUAAGGGCGAAGAUUCGAAGGAGCAGUCUGUACACAUUUUCUUGCUACAGACCACGCACUUCCGAGGAAGAGGGGCCACAUGACAUACAAGGUCCGGGUUACUCGAGAAUGGUUUAUUGUAACCAGCCUCAUUUACAUGAGCAGAAGCCACUUAAAUAUCGCACCAAUUACAUCUCUACCACAAAGUACAACAUCCUUACAUUCCUACCUAAGGCCAUAUUUGAACAAUUCAGACGUGUUGCAAACUUGUACUUUCUUCUAGCUGCAAUCCUUUCAUUAACUGAUGUAUCUCCAUUCUCAUCUGUAAGUAUGAUUGCUCCUUUAGCAUUCGUGGUUGGGUUGAGUAUGGCUAAAGAAGCUUUGGAAGAUUGGCGGCGCUUCAUACAGGAUAUGAAAGUUAAUUUGAGAAAAGCUAGUGUACAUAAAGGAGACGGUGUAUUUGGUAACAGACCAUGGAUGAAGAUUCGUGUUGGAGAUGUUGUGAAAGUAGAAAAGGAUCAGUUUUUUCCUGCCGAUUUACUUCUUUUAUCAUCUAGCUAUGAAGAUGGAAUUUGUUAUGUUGAAACUAUGAACUUAGAUGGAGAGACAAAUUUGAAGGUAAAAAGAGCCCUUGAGGUAACUUUACCAUUGGAUGAUGAUGCAACUUUUAAAGAUUUCAAUGCAACCAUAAGAUGCGAGGAUCCGAACCCUAGUCUUUACACUUUCGUUGGUAAUCUUGAAUAUGACCGCAUUGUCUAUCCUCUUGAUCCUAGUCAGAUUCUUCUCAGAGAUUCAAAGCUUAGGAACACAGCCUAUGUUUAUGGAGUUGUGAUAUUCACUGGUCAUGAUAGCAAAGUUAUGCAGAAUUCUACGAAAUCUCCUUCGAAAAGGAGCAGGAUUGAGAAGCAAAUGGACAAGAUAAUUUACAUCCUUUUCAGCCUCCUGGUUUUCAUCUCAUUCAUCAGCUCAAUAGGUUUUAUCGUGAAGACGAAAAAUGACAUGCCAAACUGGUGGUAUUUACGCCCCCCAGAUAAAAAUAAUCUUUUUAAUCCCAACAAACCACUGGUUUCAGGCUUUUAUCAUCUAAUCACUGCUCUUAUGUUAUAUGGCUAUUUGAUACCAAUAUCUCUUUAUGUUUCAAUUGAGGUUGUAAAAGUCCUCCAAGCAUUGUUCAUAAACCGCGACAUCCAUAUGUAUGAUGAAGAGACUGGAACUCCUGCAGUAGCACGAACAUCCAAUUUAAAUGAGGAGUUAGGACAGGUUGAUACAAUCCUAUCUGACAAAACCGGCACCUUGACAUGCAACCAAAUGGACUUCCUCAAAUGCUCCAUUGCGGGUGCUGCAUAUGGAACACAUGCUAGUGAUGUGGAACUUGCUGCUGCAAAGCAGAUGGAAAGUGGAAAUGCAUUUGGGCAAUCAGAAAUUGAAUUGGAGACUGUUGUUACUUCAACUGAUGAAAAUGAACGUAAACCUGCAGUAAAGGGGUUUAGCUUUGAGGAUAGCCGGCUCAUGAAUGGGAAUUGGUGCAAAGAACCCAAUGCAGAUGUCAUUUUACUUUUUUUCAGGAUACUUUCAAUUUGUCACACUGCAAUUCCUGAACUAAAUGAAGAGACUGGGGAUUUAACCUAUGAAGCAGAAUCACCAGAUGAAGGUUCAUUUCUUGUCGCAGCUAAAGAAUUCGGCUUUGAGUUCUGUAAAAGAACUCAGUCAACCGUAGUCGUUCGUGAGAGAUAUUCUUCUUUCCAAGAGCCAAUUGAAAGGGAGUAUAAAGUUCUCAAUUUGUUGGAUUUUACGAGCAAAAGGAAGCGAAUGUCUGUUAUUGUACGGGACGAGACUGGUCAGAUUCUUCUCCUGUGCAAAGGAGCUGACAGCAUAAUAUUUGAUAGGUUAUCAAAGAAUGGAAAAGCGUAUGAGGAAGCUACUACCAAGCAUUUAAAUGAAUAUGGGGAGGCUGGAUUACGAACCCUUGCGCUUGCUUACAAGAAUCUUGAAGAGGCCGAGUAUUCUGCUUGGAAUGAAGAGUUUUUCAAAGCAAAAACCUCAAUUGGUGGUGAUCGGGAUGCGAUGCUCGAGCGGGUUUCUGAUAUGAUGGAAAGGGACUUGACACUUGUUGGUGCAACUGCAGUGGAGGACAAAUUACAGAAAGGGGUGCCUCAAUGCAUAGAUAAAUUGGCACAAGCUGGUCUCAAGCUCUGGGUUCUGACAGGUGAUAAGAUGGAAACUGCGAUUAAUAUAGGAUUCUCUUGUAGUUUGCUUCGACCGGGCAUGAAGCAAAUCUGUAUUACAGCAACCAAUGAAGCCGCAUUAAGCCAAGAUCCUGAGAAGCCUUCUUUGUUGUUUGUUACUUCUCAGUCUGUGAAAGAAAAUAUCUUGAUGCAAAUCACCAAUGGGUCCCAAAUGGUCAAGCUUGAAAAGGAUCCUCAUGCUGCAUUUGCAUUGAUCAUUGAUGGGAAAACUUUAAAUUAUGCAUUGGAGGAUGACAUGAAGCAUCAAUUUUUGAAUUUAGCAGUUGAUUGUGCUUCUGUCAUAUGCUGUCGUGUUUCACCUAAGCAGAAGGCUCUGGUAACAAGAUUAGUAAAAGAAGGAACUGGGAAAACCACAUUAGCAAUAGGCGAUGGUGCAAAUGAUGUUGGCAUGAUUCAAGAAGCAGACAUUGGUGUGGGAAUUAGUGGAUGUGAAGGAAUGCAGGCUGUAAUGGCUAGCGACUUCGCUAUUGCACAGUUUCAGUAUCUAGAGAGGCUUCUAGUUGUACAUGGACAUUGGUGCUACAAAAGAAUUGCACAAAUGAUCUGCUAUUUCUUCUAUAAAAAUAUAGCAUUUGGCCUCACAAUUUUCUACUUCGAGGCUUUUGCUGCCUUUUCUGGACAGUCGGUCUAUGUUGACUGGUACAUGCUGCUGUUUAACGUCGUUCUUACAUCAUUGCCCGUGAUUUCACUUGGAGUAUUCGAACAAGACGUAGAUUCUGAAGUGUGUUUGCAGUUUCCGGCCCUAUAUCAGCAAGGGCCAAAAAAUUUGUUCUUUGACUGGUACAGAAUAUUCGGGUGGAUGGGAAAUGGUCUAUACACGUCCCUCAUUAUCUUCUUCCUCAAUAUUAUUAUCUUUUACGACCAAGCUUUCCGUGCUGGAGGCCAGACGGCUGAUAUGACUGCAGUUGGUACUGCUAUGUUCACUUGCAUUAUUUGGGCCGUUAAUUGCCAGAUUGCACUUACAAUGAGUCACUUCACGUGGAUACAACACUUAUUUGUUUGGGGUAGUGUCACUACAUGGUAUGUGUUUCUUGCAUUCUACGGAGAAUUAUCAUCGGCUCUCGAUGAAAAUGCCUUCAGAAUCCUCACAGAAGUUCUAGCUCCGGCCCCAAUUUACUGGAUCACUACCCUCUUAGUGACCAUCGCCUGUAAUCUCCCGUACCUUGCACACAUCUCUUUCCAGAGAUCGUUCAAUCCAAUGGAUCAUCACAUCAUUCAAGAAAUCAAGUACUAUAGGAAAGACAUUGCUGAUCGACAUAUGUGGAAACGAGAGCGGUCGAAGGCAAGACAGGAGACUAAAAUCGGGUUCACAGCCCGAGUCGAUGCGAAAAUCAGGCUGUUAAAAGGGAGACUGCAGAAGAAGUAUUCAACAAUGAGUGCUUCCACUGUAAUACAACAUCAAACAUAAUUAUUAUGCAUUUAAGUUUGUUUUUUCCUUUUUCUUUUUUCUUUUUUAUUUUUAGGUUUUUUGGCUGUUUGAAAAUUUCUCUAUUUGUGUUUUCUCGUUGAACCUUGUUGGUUCAUUCUUAUUGCCUUUUUUGUCCAGUAUAGUGAGCUAUUCAUAACCCCAAAGCACUUGGGCUGUUGUAUGUAUGAUAUUUGCAUAUGAUUAUCACUGCCUUGUGAAUAUAUAUAUAAAUAUAUUUGCCUUUA